UUGGCAAUCGCCUACUUUGCUCACGGCCUGGUCCUUAGUUUAUUGACGUCAAUCUUUACCCAUUUGCUUGCUGGUAAAGGAAAGAAAACACAGACUCACAUUAAAAACUGGCUUGGCCACCGACUUGCCAUUGCUUGCCACCUCCGAUUUGCCAAGCUUCUUUCUGGAACGGAAGCCUUCUGCGUGUACUUGCGCUUGUUAGGUGCAAAAGUAGGCAGGUAUUGUUCCAUCAGAUCCAUCAACCCGGUUUCGGAUCCAAGUAUGGUUUCGAUAGGCGCCGGUGUGCAUUUAGGUGAUUUUAGCAGGAUCGUCACAGGUUUUUAUUGCCAGAGUGGAUACAUCCAGAGUAAUGUUGAUGUGAAGGAUAAUUCAGUUAUCGGAAGCCAAAGCCUUAUUCUUCCCGGCUCUGUAGUCGAAGAGGAUGUUAUUCUCGGGGCAAUUUCAGUUGCUCCAGUCAAUUCAGUUCUCCAGAGUGGUGGUGUUUACAUGGGGUCUCAAUGUCCAGUUAUGGUCAAGAACACAACACACGCUUUGGACGACAGGAUUGAGGAGAUGGAUCCGAGAUAUAAAAAGAUAGUUGGCAAUUUGGCUGCGAACUUGGCAGCGACAACUCUCAAGGUGAAAUCGAGAUACUUCCAUCGUAUCGGUGUUAGCGGGAAGGGAUACUUGAAACUCUACGACAACGUUGAAGGAUUGCCAGAGCACAACAUCUUUGGCGCUGCAAAGAAGUAUGCAGUCAUUGUCCGCCACAGCAAUAGCUUGAGUGCCGAUGAUGAUGCAAGGUUAGAUGCACGAGGAGCGGCACUAAGGAUACUCUCGAAUGAAAACGAGGAUGCUUCUCCACUUCUCGACUUGACUUUGAAGACAGGGAAGGCAUUCUAUGCACGCACAAUCUCCGAUUUCGCAACCUGGCUGGUGUGCGGGCUUGCCGCAAGGGAGGAGCAUGUCAAGCGGGUCCCGCACGUGCGCGAUGCAGUGUGGGCCUCCCUCCGUCAAGCUGACUCCUAUGCGGACCUGCAUUACUUCUCGAAUAUCUGUAGGCUGUUCCGCUUUAAGGACGGACAGGAAAUGUACGUGAAGUUCAAGUUGAGCCCCUUCGACGGAAGUAUUGUAGAAGAUUUUGGUAAGGUGGAACCCUCGGGGAUCCUUCCGCCUGAAACUGGUGCGAUACCACGGGAUGCUAAUGACACCCGCCCGUUACUUUUCCUAGCUGAAGAUUUCCAGAACCGUGUGAACUCUCCAAACGGGGUCCGUUACAUAUUCCAGCUUCAAGUCAGGCCAAUUCCACAGGACGAAGCUGCACGCGACAUCGCUCUCGAUUGCACGAAACCUUGGGAUGAAUCGCAGUUCCCCUACAUCGAUGCCGGCGAGGUCAUUAUCAACAAAAAUCUCACAAAAGAAGGCUCGGAAAGGCUAGAAUUUAAUCCGUUCCUCCGAUGCCACGAGGUGGAUGUAAUCCGGGCCACAUCAAGUAGCGAGAGCGCAUCGAUCGAUCACGGCCGUUCCCUAGUCUAUGAGAUCUGCCAGCACCUGAGGAAUGGAGAUCCUCUUCCUGAGGCAUGGAGGGUCUUCCUGGAGCAGUCGGACGUGAGGGUUGACCUCUCCGGUUGUCCAAUGGCCGCUUCACUCGAGAGAAAAGAUACCGAGAAAGUGACCCUUUCGAGGCCCUGGUACUUAACCACAUGGAUUGUGGUCGGAGAGGGCGGGUUCGUGGGGAGCAGGGCGGUGGCCAUGCCCGGGGUGGCGGUGGAGAGCGGAGGGAGCUUGAGCGCUCUCUCGCUCGCCAUGAAGGGAGAGGUCAUCAGAUCAAGAUGAUGAUCGGAGUCGAAGAGUAUUGCGCACGUUACUUAGCCGGGAAAACUAUGUGACCACAUGAUAUCGGACAUAGUUUCAUUUAGUCUCGUGUACUAAUAAUCUCUAGGGAUUUUCGCCUAAUAAACACGAGAACACAGGAUAUGGUUUAUUAGCUCUCGCCUUGCGAAAAAAAAAUGUGGCA